GUUUUCAAUUUGAAAUUCUCAACUGCUCCAGACUCACUUGACCACGGCCAAGGCCAAUCCACCUGGCAGCCAAACCUCGUUCCUCCCAGUCCCCACUCUCUUCCCACACACACGCGCGGAAGAAUGCAUACGGCUGAUUGCGGCAAUGCUUCCACACGAGCACGACCAUCUUAAUUCACAACGAUCAAAUUAAAGCUUUUUUAUUCUCCAAUUUUCCAUCAACUAAUUUGACGACAAUCUGUUACGAAUCCGUUGAUCCAGUAAUAGUUACUGUAAUUUGUUCGAAUGAUGGUGAAGAAACGAGUGCCCGAUUGGCUCAACAGCUCCAUCUGGUCCAAUCCUCAGCCGCCUCCAUCACCGCCUUCAAAGGAACCCGUGAAGUGGCCUGCAUCCCCAAUUGUUGAGCCGCCGCCUCCACCACCGGAGCCUGUGAGAGCUUCUUCUGGUCACGCUACUGGUGCUGCGAAAGGGGGAAUUAGGGAUCCGUUGAGCAGUAAUUAUGCUAGUAAUAGUAGUACGUGUCACAGUGAUGAGGAUAAUAGGAGCUCUUCUGCCAAUUCCACGGUUUCUGCUGGUGGUCUGCGAUCCGCGCAUCCUGCUGCUGAAGAAAUCUCUAGGCAUGUUCAGCUUUUACAAGAGCUCUCGAGGAAGGUUAUAAAUAUGGGAGAAUUGAGGAGGCUAGCAUCAGAAGGCAUCCCUGGUGCAGCUGGUAUUCGCGCAACUGUGUGGAAGCUAUUAUUGGGGUAUCUGCCACCCGAUCGCUCACUUUGGCCUUCAGAUUUGGCCAAGAAGAGGUCUCAAUAUAAGCAUUUAAAAGAGGAGUUAUUGAUGAAUCCUUCAGAGAUUACGAGGAGGCUGGAAAAGUCAGGAAUUGAGAACAAUGAUCUAGAUGGCAUACCAGGCUUCCUCACAAGAUCAGAGGUAACUCAUGGAGAGCAUCCCUUAAGUCUUGGGAAGAAUAGUAUAUGGAAUCAAUUCUUUCAGGACAGUGAGAUCAUGCAACAGAUUGACCGGGAUGUCAAGCGGACUCAUCCAGACAUGAACUUUUUCUCUGGGGACUCAACUUUUGCUAUAUCUAACCAAGAGGCUUUGAGGAACAUAUUGAUUGUAUUUGCAAAACUGAAUCCUGGAAUAAAAUAUGUGCAAGGGAUGAAUGAAAUCUUAGCGCCGCUAUUCUAUGUGUUCAAAAAUGAUCCCGAGGAGGAAAAUUCCGCUUCUGCUGAAGCAGACACUUUCUUCUGUUUUGUGGAGUUAUUAAGUGGAUUUCGGGAUAAUUUUGUUCAACAACUUGAUAACAGUGUUGUGGGAAUCCGUUCGACCCUUACAAGAUUAUCACAGCUUCUAAAGGAGCAUGAUGAAGAACUCUGGCGUCAUCUUGAGAUGUCAACAAAAGUCAAUCCCCAGUUUUAUGCAUUCAGGUGGAUUACACUCCUUUUGACCCAAGAAUUCAAUUUUACAGACAUUCUCCUAAUCUGGGACACACUUCUGAGUGACCCUGAUGGUCCUCAAGAAACACUGCUCCGAAUUUGUUGUGCAAUGCUGAUUAUUGUCCGGAAGCGUUUACUUGCUGGUGACUUCACUUCUAAUCUUAAGUUACUCCAACACUAUCCAUCUACCAACAUCAGCCAUCUCCUCUACGUUGCCAACAAGUUGCGUAUUCCCUCGGCAGGCUGAACAAGUUGCACGUUCACUUGGGAGGCGGAACCUUUCCAAUGAUAUAAGUUUGUUCAUUCCAUUUUUUGUACUUCUAUUGUCCGAUAUUUUCUUUCUUGUAAAAUUGCAGAUGUAAAUGUAAUUUGAUAGCAUUUGAUGGAAGUAUUCUUUGUUGUUUGGUCAAUACUUUCUUCCUUUGUCUAGUGUCACCAACAAAGAAGGCUAGAAAAUGUCAGGUUUUGGUUGCUUGAUUAAGAGUUGUGUUUGUGUGAUAUACUAGUUUGUGUUUAUGCAGAUUGCUGACACUUUCUGUUGUA